AUGACAACAGAAAUGGAAGGAAUGGCACAAGCACCAACCUGUAAAUCAAAGCCGGCAAUCCUUUACGCAUGGGCCAAAGAUGCACCUGAGCUAAAACUACCCGAAGGCGUUGCGUUCCGCGUUGGUGGCGAUAGUGGCAUUAAUCACCUUGUCCUACAGCUUCAUUACAUGCAUGAUCGUAACGAGCCUGAUCACAGUGGUGUCACCCUGUAUCACACCGAAGAACCACAACCCAAGACUGCCGCUACUAUGUUGCUCGUCACCGCAGGACUUCUCCCACCAAAGAAAACUGGUACGUCGAUUCUGCUAGGGUAA